CAAAACUACUAGAAAAAAAAACAAAAAUAAGCGAAAGAGAAGAAAAAAAUGGGUGAAGAAGAGGGGACAAUUUCCUCGGAUUCAACGACGAGACACAGAAAGCCUCUCGGUUGGAAAGCUAUGCCUUACAUAUUAGCGAAUGAGACACUAGAGAGGCUUGCUUCUUAUGGACUGACGUCGAAUUUCAUGGUGUACAUGGUAAGAGAGUAUCAUAUGGACCAAGUCCAAGCUGCGACUUUAAUCAACAGUUGGUCUGCUCUCACCGACUUUACUCCGAUCAUUGGAGCUUUCAUCUCUGACUCUUACACCGGAAAAUUUAGAACCAUUGUAUUUGGUUCCAUCUCCGAGUUAUUGGGCAUGUUAAUGUUGACUAUCACUUCUCUGAUCCCUAAUCUACGACCACCACCUUGCACUUCCGACCAUAUCACCGGAAAAUGUAUCCCCUAUAGCGAUUCGCAGUUAUACGUUUUACUCUCAGGACUUUUCUUGUUAUCAGUGGGAGCAGGAGGAAUCCGUUCAUGCAGUGUUCCUUUUAGUCUCGAUCAAUUCGAUGACUCCACUGAAGAAGGAAGAGAAGGAAGUAGAAGCUUCUUCAGCUGGUACUAUACAACUCAUACAAUCGUCCAGUUAGUAUCAAUGACUCUAGUGUUGUACGUACAGAACAACAUCAGUUGGGCCAUUGGGUUCGCAAUCCCGAGCGUUCUCAAUUUGUUUGCGCUUUUUCUUCUUUUUGUGGGAACUCGGUUUUAUGUCUUUCUCAAGCCUCAAGGAAGUGUGUUCUCUGGGAUCUUCAAGGUUCUCGUGGCUGCUUAUAAGAAACGUAGUGUACAGUCUCCUUCUGAGAUCGACUAUUAUCGACCGUUACUAGAGACAAAUUCGCAAUCAAAUGAACCCGUUCUCACUGAUCAAUUCAGAUUCUUGAACAAAGCUGUGAUAGUGAUGGAUAACGAUGAAGCUAGAAAUGAAGAGUGGAGAAGCAGCACCGUGAGACAGAUAGAGGAUAUAAAGUCUAUCAUACGCAUUACUCCAAUAUUUGCUUCAAGCUUUCUAGGAUUCUUAGCUUUGAACCAACAACAAACCUUUACGGUCUCACAAGCACUAAAAAUGGACCUUCGAUUUCCCGGUACUUCUUACCUAAUCCCUCCUGCUUCUAUAACCGUAAUAUCUCUAUUAACCAUAGGGAUAUGGCUUCCCUUCUAUGAAACCGUUCUGGUCCGACCGAUUGAACACAUUACAAAGCAAGAAGGAGGCCUCUCGUUACUCCAAAAGGUUGGGAUUGGGAACUUUUUCUGCAUCUCGACGAUGUUCUUAUCGGGCAUCGUGGAGGGGAAUAGAAGAGAUUUAUCCCUUACCGGUGUUAACAUAUCGGUUUUCUGGCUAGCCCCGCAACAAGUACUGAUGGGGUUUUAUCAAGUUUUCACCAUUGUUGGUCUCACUGAGUUCUUCAACAAACAAGUUCCAAUCAACAUGAGAAGCAUAGGAAACUCCUUGCUUUACUUAGGCAUGUCUUUAGCUAGUUAUCUAAGCAGUGCGAUAGUGACCAUUGUUCAUAGUGUGACUGCUCGUGGAGGAAGACAGAGUUGGCUCUCGGAUGAUAUUGACUCAGGCAAGUUAGAUUAUUUCUAUUACUUUAUUGCCGCUUUAAGCACCCUUAAUAUCAUCUUCUUCUUGUGGUGUGCUCGAAGGUAUCGUUAUAGAAACAUGUGACAUCUUUUAUUAUAAGAACACUCAUUUGUAUAACUGAGACUCAUGAUAUUCAACAAACUGAGGAAUAUCUUAA